AGCCAACUAUUUAUUGGUUUGGACACAGAAGUCAGACUGAAGUAGUAAAUUACCGAUAUCAUUCAGGGAGUUUCACAAGUAAACAGUUCCAAAUAUAACAUUUUUUAUUUAUUUAUGUAUCAAUUGUUUUUCUUUGCCAUUUCUGUAUUAUUUCAUUCCUUUAUACAUUCUUUCUACUUGGUUUGCCUUUUUUUUUUGUUUUUAUUGCUUUGUUUGUUUAAUCCUUUUCUUUUUUAGGGCGUAGCAACUAAAAAAUUAAAUAGCCCGACCAAAGACGAAGGAAACAAAUCAAAAGGAUGCCAACUGCCAUAAACAUUACAGAGAAAAAUACAAUUCCUCAGUGUCUACAAACAACAGUCGUGGCUCAACAGUUUGCAUUUAACCUCAAAGUAAAUUGUCCGAUCGUUAAAAAAACCAACAAGGCUACAAUGUACUGUUAAUAACAAUUAAGCCACACUGUACCAUCUGUAGCAUCAGAAAAUCUUUCUGAAACGGUAUCUGCCAUGAAAAAAGUUUUCCAUACAUAACUUUAAUGUGGAUAUUCUGAAAAGACCUGAUGUAAAUUACAAUAAAUACAAUAAAUCGUAUUAAAUCAAGAAUAUUAAAUCAUUCAUUACCCACAAGAGCUGUUUCAUGAACACGUCAUCAAGAUACAACGCAGUGCAGAUACAAUAGAACACGUUUUACAAUGACUAUCUGUGAAAGGUUUGCCCCAGGAAACUAUUUAAAAGGUUAUGGAGCUUUAUACCCAACCAUUACGUAUUCAGUUUUCAUUUAUUUUUUAUUGUAUAAAAAUUACAAAAUGUAAUUCACUAUAAUCGAAAACACUUUUAAUCAAUUUUAAACUAACCGGAUGAAAAAAAUAAUUGAUUUGAUAAGGUGGUGAGCACAGUUUUGAGUUUAUGUUUCUGGACAGUGUGGCAGGUGCACUUAAGAGUUAGCUGCGCCCACUAGUGGUUGUCAGGCACUCGUCCACCUCGCAGCGGCUGCAGACCGUGGUGUCUAGGUUGCAAUAACGGGACAGCGGGUCUCAGCAGUGAGUGGACAUGGUUCCAUCAUAACAUAGGAUAUAUUAUCCAUUGUUUCACGUUGGUAACUUUUAUCCGUCCAAACCUCGGAGGAAGUUUUCAUUCAGUUCUUUGAGAGAAAUCGGACUUGUCCAGCAGGUGAUUUAAAGGACCAAACCGGCGAUAUUUGUUCCCGUCCGUCAUGGCGAUUGCUCACGUAGCCACGGAGUACGUUUUCUCCGACUUUUUGUUGAAAGAGCCCACGGAGGCCAAAUACAAAGGGCUGCGUCUGGAGCUGGCCGUGGAUAAAAUAGUGACGUUCCUGGCAGUGGGGCUGCCUUUGUUCCUCAUAUCUCUGGCCUUUGCUCAGGAAGUGUCAGUGGGAACCCAGAUCAGCUGCUUUGCUCCCACUAACUUCUCCUGGAGACAGGCUGCGUACGUGGACUCAUUCUGUUGGGCUGCAGUGCAGCAACAGGCCGACGGCCCCCCACUGUGGCUGCACAAGUUCUUUCCAUACAUCCUCCUCCUACUUUCCAUCCUCAUGUACAUCCCAACACUGUUUUGGAGGUUCACUGCAGCUCCACACCUCUCCUCUGACCUCAACUUCAUCAUGGAGGAGUUGGACCGCUUUUAUAAUCGCUCCAUCAAAUUAGCAAAGAAUCUGGCAACCAGCGCUGAUGCACCAGAGGACACCCAGAGUGCUUUGGAUCUGACUGAGAGCUGCUUCAAAUACCCAUUAGUGGAGCAAUAUUUGAAAACCAAGCAAUUGGUCCAUUAUCUGGUGGUCAACUACCUGGUGUGUAGGGGUGUGACCCUGCUGACCCUGCUGCUGGCCUGCAUCUACCUGGGCUACUACAUCCAGCUGGCCUCAUUCACUGACGAGUUUCCCUGUGACCUGCGAACUGGGGUGUUGAAAAACGACACUACUGUGCCCCCUGCAGUCCAAUGUAAGCUGGUGGCAGUAGGUGUCUUCAGACUGCUCAGUUACAUCAACCUAGUGGUGUAUGUGCUCCUGGUUCCCCUGGUGGUCUACGCCUGUGUUGGACCCGCGCGUCAGAGCUCCAGUUUUCUGCGGCCGUAUGAGAUACUACCAGGGUUUGGCACCCUGGGUGUGGUCAAGCCCUUAUACAAUGACCUCAGUAUUUAUCUGUUGUUCCUGCAUGAGAACCUGAGUCAGCUAAAAUCCUACAAGUGUUUGCAGGUGCUGGAGUUACUACAGGAGGCUGAUGGUGAGGGGUUGGACACCAUGUGUGUGCUUCGAACUCUGGGCCAAGUGAAGACGGAUGUUAUAGACUGUAAGAACACAUGCUCACGAAGGGACAACAGAAGCUCUAAAAAGGCUGAAGAAUGACUCCCUUAAGGUGAUGUUAAAUUCCCUACGUACUACGUAUUUGCAGUACAUGCUCACGAGAUCUGUAAAAUGACAAGACAAUAAUGUAAUUUUUGUUGAAAAUGUAUCCAUUGUCAUUACACUGCACUGAUUAUGUAUCUUAAAAAGGAUGCAGUCUUCCUGCAGGAGAAGGAAACUAUAGUUACUGCUUUACUCCACAACACUGGUUCAUAUAAAACCGUUGGUUUACUAAAUGGAUAAAUACUGUUGACUUUAAAUUGAAUUUGUUUCUAUUCUCUCAGCCUCCCUGGUUUUGUCGCUGAACAAAUAUUAAGAUAAUGAUACAUCCUGAAAUGGACAAAAUUAAGACAUGGACACGUUAAUAUCUGGUAAGGUAUAACACAGGACUGUCAACGCAAAUGCUGCAAUCCUCCUCACAGAGGUUUUGUUUUUUGCUUAUUUCCUUUUACCUGUAACAUGUAAAAAUACACUGAAUUAAGUAUGUCCAAAAUUGGAUGGAUUGGUCAAGACAGCUUGGUGUGAGUAUUCCAAAUACCAAGUUCAUGAAAUACUUCUUCCUCUGGCUCUGACCUGUGUCUUCAGAACACUUCAACACAAAAAACACAGUGUGCUUUUGAUUCGUUCUAGCCAUAAUUAAAAUGUAUUGACAUUUCUGCACCGCCAGAGCAACAUAAGCAAAGACAUGACUUACUGAGUGGAUCUAAAACAAGACAUAUGUCACAUGGAUCUGACUCAAUUCUACUGUAUAAGUUAGAGUGUUGUUUGUAAAAUCCUUCUGGAGAAGUAACAAAGGUCCCAAGCUCACCUCUGCUUGAAAUAAAAUUUAUGUUUCAUAGUAUUUUUUAUGUAUUUUUUAAUUUUCUCUGGAAUUUCAAUGUUAUGAUUUACCCUUUAAUACGUUGUUCUAUGUAACAACACCAGUCCUGCUGACAUGAGCCAACACGUGUUUAAUUAGGGAACAAGAUGGCAUGAUAAAUUUGUGUGUGUUUUCAAUUUGGUGUAACUGUAAUAUGACAACAGUAGUGGACUCUGUAUGUUCAUGUUGAAUGUAAAGCAAUAUCCUGGAUUUUA